CGCGGCUGUUGCCAGGGCAAUGGCGUCACGGGUGACGUCACCGGCGCAUCGCCCAGUUCCUCCUGAACGCGACGGUCUUCUGCGUGUUUUAUGACCGUGAGCCGUUAUUAAAGCAUGUCUACUCCGGCGAGACGGCGCCUCAUGAGAGACUUCAAGAGACUUCAGGAAGAUCCUCCGACUGGUGUGAGCGGUGCUCCUUCAGAAAACAACAUCAUGCUGUGGAACGCGGUGAUCUUUGGGCCUGUAGGAACUCCUUUUGAAGACGGAACGUUUAAGCUGGUCAUUGAGUUUUCAGAAGAAUAUCCCAACAAGCCUCCUACGGUUCGCUUCAUCUCCAAAAUGUUUCACCCGAAUGUGUACGCAGAUGGCAGCAUAUGUUUAGACAUUCUUCAGAAUCGCUGGAGUCCCACGUACGACGUUUCCUCCAUUCUGACAUCCAUCCAGUCUCUGUUAGACGAGCCCAAUCCCAACAGCCCAGCCAACAGUCAAGCGGCGCAGCUCUAUCAGGAGAACAAGCGUGAAUACGAGAAGAGAGUGUCUGCCAUCGUGGAGCAGAGCUGGCUCGACUCAUAACGCAGCUGCACACCAUUCAUAGGAUUAUUCACUUCUUUGCUAAUGCAUUUCACCAAAAUCAACAAUAUCUGUGUGCUUAUUAUUAUUUUAUUUUUUUUACUGCAUGGUAAGUUAUUGCUAACAAAAUCUGAAUCGUAACAUUGUUGGAUUGAUGCAGUUGAAUGCAAGUUAUAGGCAAAGAUGUUGUCCAGUGCAGUCCAUCUCAAAGUGCUUUAGUAAAACAGUAUUAAUAUAUUUGAAAUAUCUGAGGCCCGUUUUACCUUUAAAUGCACCUAAAGAUCGACUGCAGGCCUGUCAUGAUAACAACUGUUUGUUGUGCGCAGAAAUAAUUGCGAUAAACUAUAUUAUUGUCAUUUUAAGACCAUUUUAUGUCACUGAACAUAUGUGACCCUGGAGCACAAGAGCAGUCUUGGGGUAAAUAUAUAAAUACACUGUAUGGGUCAAAAUUACUGAUUUCUCUUUUAUGC